AUGCAGUGCCAAUGUCCUAACCAAUACCAGCUCUCGGCCCCAAACAGGAGGCAGAGGAAGAACCACACCAGCAAACUUCAUGAGUUGGCACUGCUGUUGCCUGUGGCCCUGAAGACAGGCACCAAGAAGCUCACCAAGAAGGAGAUUCUGCUGCAUGUCCUGCAUUACAUUCAGUACCUCCAGAAAAGCAUCGAUGUGGCCAAGGCCUUGCUCAAAUUCCACACCACCAAUGGGGAAGGCGGACUCGGGGGGCUGGGUUGGAACUGGGCCUCGGGCCCUGCCCGGCGGAGACACUCCACCCCUUCGAGCUCCCCACACUCUCUUAAGUCCCGUCUUCAGGGAGCCUGCCGGAAACCCCGGAAGAAGAAACCCACUGGAUUGUCAGAACGUCAGACCUGGGCCCAGAACCCUCGCCGCUGUCUGGCCCUGGACAAGCCCGGGAAGUGGGCGACCCCAUCCCCAGAACAGCAAGGAAGACACAUGGGGGGGACCACCACCCCUUCAAGAUGUGCCAGCCCCGGCUGUCACCCCAAAGUUGCGUCAUCCCUGCCUCAAGGUGACAGGAAGGGAGGCAGGUCCCGGCUGACGUUGCUGGACAUGGCCGAGAACAGCAUCCACUGUGACUUCUCAGGUUGCUGCUGCUAUGGCCGAGUCAGCGGCCAGGGUGAUGGGCUCUACCGUGCCUUCAAGGCCCAGCAAGGGGCUGAGCAGAUCCACUUUCUCAACAGGACCCAGCCCUGUCCCAGGCAGAAGCUGGUGUUCUACGAUUCCAGCGAGGAGCUGGACAAGGAGUCCCCAGAUGCUGACCCUUGGCUUCCUGCCUGGACCCCGGAGGGCAGCCCCCCUGGGAGCCUGCUGGCCUUGGGACCUCCCCAGAUUAACAACUGGAGUGUGACAGGCCACCCGAGCGAGAUCCUAGGGCUCAGCCCCUCCCUCUUCAGCUCCCCAGGAAGGCUGCCACCAGAUCAGAUCCGGGGGGAUGGCACUGAGUUCCUGACCCAAGCUCUCUUCAAAGAAGUGUUCCUAGAUCCCAAGUCUUCACCUUGUGACGACAUGCUUGAGGCGCUCCAGGACAAGGAGAUGCGCUCGGAGGCUCCCGAAGACCCCCCUGAUUCCCACAGCUUGUGCCAGUCGUCUGUCUCGCUGGACCACUGCUACCUGUCGCUGAGCGAGAACAGCAAGGCGCCGUCCAGCUCCAGCUCCAGCUCCAGCUCCAGCUCCAGCUCCGAGGACUCAGACACUGAGUCGGUGUGGAGGCAGCAGGAGGACGCUCAGGCCGACCCCGAGGGCCUGCCGUCCUCCAAUGACGAGGAUGGGGACUACACGUGGACCCCCACCCGACGGGCCGCCACCCUGCCCGCGGCCGGGAGGAAGGCCAGGAAGGGCCGGGCGGGCCGGGGCCCGACGAAGCCCAAGGAAAACAAGAAAGCCCCCUGCCCGACCCAGAUGAAGAAAAAGUGCGUCAAUGGCUUCAUCAUGUUCUGCAGGAUGAACCGGAAGCAGUACAUCCGAGCCUGUCCUGGGACUGCGUCCACAGCUGCCACCAAGGAGCUGGCCCAACUCUGGCGGGUGAUGACCCAGCAGGAGCGAAGACCGUACUGCAUCAAAGCUCGUAGGUUCAGCCUCCAGCACAACCGGAUCGUGAAGCAGGACAGCUCAAGCAGCGAGGACGAGGACUGGGGGACCCCCAAGCCCUUCUACCAGCUGCUGGCCGAGAAGGCCCACCGUUCCCCAGAGCUGGGCCCUCUGCUGCCCCCUCAACACAACUGA